GGGACCUCCGGGACCACCAUUGGCUAACAUCUACACCGAGUUGGUCGUUUUUUGGGGGGGAAAAAAAAGUGUUUUAUUGCUGGAAUAAGUUGUCUCUCAUUGUAAGUUUUUAAUGUUCAAACCAUUAAAACCAGUUCGGGUGAAGAAGCGCGAGCACAGACACGUCGCGCGGCUCCUCCGGACGAGUUUUUAAUGUGAUGGAACCCGCAAACCUCCGCGAGCCCUGAAGUGCAGCCGGCGGCGUGAUGAGUGAUGGCGGAGCAGGACCUCUGGCGGCGGCGUGCGCCACGGACGUGCCCGUGAGCUUCGCCGAGUCGCUGCGCGUGUACGCGGGGCUGCUGACGGUGGCCGCGGGCUGCGGGGGGCUGUCGGGCAUCGCGGCCGCGGCGCUCCUCUACGUGUUCUGCCUGAAGCCGAUGCUGUUGACCAGACAGGGACACAACGCGAGGCGGCUGCUUGAACCGGACGACGGGGAGUUGGACCACAAACAAAGUGACCGUGUCAGCAACAGCAGAAAGGAGGCUGCCAGCGGCACCGCAAAUGAUAAAGAGAAGAAGAACCCACCCGUGAACAGUGAUGUGGCUGCUUUUGCAUCCAGAGCAAAGGUGGUUUAUCCCAUCAACCAAAAAUACAGACCUUUAGCAGACGGAGCCUCCAAUCCAUCAGUGCACGAGCACUCCAAGCUGCCAGCAAUGCCUAACGAUGAGUCAUCGUCUUCCACGGAUGGAGAGUCUCUGAGUCACGAGCAGGACAACGACGACAGCAGUCAGUUCAUCUCCUCCUCGCUGUUCCCCAAGAGCUUGCAGAACCAGAGCUUCACCAGGGUCGCUCACUACCCUCACACACUGACACAGCCAGGUUUUGAAGGUAGGAUCAGCCUUUACUGUUUGGCCCUGCAGGAUAUCCAACAGCAUUGCUCCCAGCUCCAGGAAGAAAAAUGCCUGAUGUUUCUCCAAAUGGUGAAAAUAAUAUUCAGUGGUCGUUUUCCAAAAGACAAACGUUAUGCUGACUUCUCCAAGAAUAUUCUUAAAAUGCAAGAAAAGGAACUGAAUGAGCUGAAGAAACAGUGGCCAACAGGCCACACUGCCAGCGAGAAGAAGGACGGUGCUCCCUGUACUUUGGAGGAAAUAGAGAGAGCUCAGAAAGAUCUUCUUGAACGUGGCCUUCAAGUGUCCAGAUGUUUCAGCAAACAGGUGGAGGACUUGUGCCAGCAUCUGCUGAAGAAGACCAGCAUGUUCCCUCCAGAUGAAGCGCAGGAUGUGAUUCUCUCUCUCGUCCAGACUCUCCUGUUGGUAGAAACCCACCUGAUGAACACGCAGGAAGCGGAUCUCAAGGGUAUUCAGCAGAAGUUGUUGUGGUGGGAGGAGCUGACGGGGCUUCUCCAAUCCCAGCCCGUCUUGCUGAAUCGGGAAGCGUCUCUGAGGCAGGGCUUGAUAGCGACAGCGCUGGAGCAGCUGACGAGCGACGACCUCUUGACCUUCAGCCACAUGGAGAAGAUUCUUUCAGAGGUUCAGGCCACUCUGACCGAAGGCCUUCAACAGUGCACAGAGGAGUGCACGAGGAAGACAAAGGAGCUGGUGGAGGAAAAGUGCAGCCGAAUGGAGUCCAAGAGGAAGAAGCUUUUGAGGAGCCAGACCAAGGAGAAGAGCUGCACCCUGGAGCUGAAACAGACGCGCGACCUUGGUGACCUGAAGCAGCUCACCAAGGUGUACCAGGAGCUGCUGGUGAAACACAGGCAGCAGAUGUCUGACUUGGAGCAGCAGCAGGACAGCAGGGUGGCCGAAGCCCUCUGUGACCAUUGGAAGAAGCUCCGCGCCUGCUGGUCAAAGAGGCUCGGCGACCUAGCCAAGGAUGUCGUCCUCGGCUCGGUCCCGGCCCAGUCGAGGGUCUCUGCUGAACGCUGCGAGAAGCUGUGGUUGGAGCUGGAGCUGGAGCUGGCUGUGCAGAUGCAGCGGGCAGAGGGCACGACCAAGCUGCAGCUGGAGGCCAUGAGGGCUCAGCUGGACCACGAUGGGCAGGUGUGGAACGAGGAGAUGGCUCUGGCGCAGGCCUGUCUCCAACAUUUGAGUGAACAACAGAUGACGAUCCUCCGGGCCAUGGUGGCCCGACAGAGCUACACGCUCAACAGCCACGUGGGAAGGCUGAUCGAGAGGAAACACGAGCACCUGUUGGGGGCGGUGCAGAGGUACUUUGUGGUCAGGCACUUCUGUCUGCACAUGCUGAAGGAGAUGAGGCUGUCCAAGCUGAAGGCCCUCUCCCAGACGGAUUUCAGAGUGCUGAUGGAAGAUCCCAGUAAGAGCCAGCCCUGUGUCAAUUCAACUCUCAAGAGCAGCAGCGCCAGCCUCGCACAGAGGCACCUGGGCCCAGAGAGCCAGCUGGUCGGCCACAGCUUCCAGCAGGAGUUCCUGUCCGAACUGGAGACGGGGAUGGAGCUUCUCCAGAGCCACGCGCAGCUGGUGGUCGGCAACACCCUCAGCCACGCCAUCCAACAGGUGAUGGAGAACCCGCCUCCCACCGAGUCGCAGACUUCUCCACCACAGGAGGACGGCCUGAAGCGCCACCUGACGGAGGCGGCCUCGGAGAGCGUGUACGUGACCAAAGGUUCUCUCGCGGCACUGGUCCAAAGCUACUAUUCCCACCUGAAGGACAUCAUGGAAACAACAGAGCAGGAUCCGUUUGGCAUGAACCAGGAGGGAGCGGAGAAACAAGAGGGCAGCAGUCAGCUGAGCAGAUCCUUGCUGAGGGAGCUGGUGAACUGGAGCAAGAAACCCGCCUCUGCUGAGUUUCAACAGAGGGUUGAACUCCACAAAGGGAGGGUGUUGGAGCGGUGUGAUCUGGACCAGGAAAUGACAUACGAGGAGCUGAGGCAGAAGAAAGUAGUCCAGGACCAGAACAUGGAAAGGAUCAGAGCACGGCUGCUGGAGGCAGAAGAAAGCUUCAUCACUGAGCUGGCGGCCUCGGCCCGGGUCUCUCUCCACGGUCCGGACCUGGAACCCAGCGGUGAAGAGGACAACGCUGGUCAUGAGAGUGCAGCUAUAUUGGACCUGCUGUCCCUGAACCCAGCAUUGGACCCAGCCUUGAAUCCUUCGCUGACGCCAACCUUCGUGUCUCCGGCGGUGAAAUCCAAACCAAAGAAGAAAAGAGACUCAGCUGAAACCUGAACACAGCGAUGUUUACACACGUGUCAUGUCCUGUUACACAUUUACUCUUAUUAGACUGUUUUUAGGCUGUGAUGCCAAUUAUGGUGUCGGUUGUUAGGAACGUACAAGAGGGAUCUUUCCCUAAUUUAUGUGCAUGUGACUCACUGAAAUGUCGCAACAAUCGUGCAGUGAAAUAAUAAAAAAAAAGUUAUGUUUUGAAUAC